UGAGAGUGGGAUAGUCAAUAUAUACUUGAAGCUUUUCUCCUUAAGUGACAGUAAUGAUCGGUUAACUGAGCAUGUAAGAAGAAGAACGAUAAGUGACUUCCUUUUUGUCUUGUCUUAUUAGAUCCAAGUAAUAUUACACAGAACUUAGAUUGGCAGCAGAGGUGAAAGUUGUACCUUUUCUUUAAUUUUUUAACGACCAGCGAGUAGAAAAAGAUAUUCCAAGAUGAUAAACAAAUUGAAUCACGUGCCGCUAACUGUACCUAAUUACUCGUAUGCCUUCAAUUUUGAGAAAAACUUUGUUUACUCGGAUGCCCUUACGACAAUUACGAACCAUUAUCCAUACUGCUUCUACUAUUCUGCCAUUUAUGUCAUCCUAAUUUUUGCUGGAAAGCAUUACAUGUCAAAUAGGCCGAAAUUCGAACUGAGAGGUGCCCUUGCCUUGUGGAAUAUAUCACUUGCGGUAUUUUCCAUUUUUGGAUUUCUUAGAAUGUGGUCGGAAGUGUAUCACAUAUUAAGCUAUCAUGGGUUCUACCAUAGUAUCUGUAUACCUAGCUUCCUUACGCAAGAUCCCGUUGCUGCAUUUUGGUCACUGUUGUUCAUCCUAUCAAAGAUCGUGGAGUUCGGCGACACAGUUUUUAUUGUACUACGUAAACAGCCGUUGAUGUUUCUACAUUGGUACCACCAUGUAACAGUUCUUCUUUACGCAUGGCUAUGUUUUGUAGAGACUACAGCAUACGCCAGAUGGAACUCUAUAGUAAAUUUUUUCGUUCACUCCUGGAUGUAUUCUUAUUAUGCUUUGAAAGCAACGCGCUUUAAUCCACCAAAAUGGAUCGCCAUGCUGAUCACUACGUUACAGACAGUACAAAUGAUUUGGGGUUGCUUUGUAACUAUUACGGCUUACAGCUAUGUAAAAAGCGGUCAAGUCGAAUGCCACAUUAAGCCCCAUAACGCGAAAAUUGGUCUGUUGAUAUACUUGAGCUAUUUCAUUCUCUUCGCUAGAUUCUUCAAACAGGCUUACCUGUCUAGCAAACGUGGAAUGAAAGUCAAAAAGAAGAAUAAUAUUAAUGACAAGCUCAUCAAAGCUAAUUGAAGCACAUGAAAAUUUCUGAAAACUUUUUCUAGGGAUGCAUCCAAGUGACGUCUCUUGUAAAUAUUCUAUCAGAAUUAUUUUACAAGUACAUAUAUUUAUAUUUGUGCAUAUACAUUUCAAGAAAUGUAAUAGAUUUUUCAAGUCUUUGUUAACAAGUGUAAAAUCACGAGUAAAAUAAUACAACAUCAAUUGUUGUACAUUGAAUUUAGCAAUAAAUUUCAUGGCAACUCGCUUGGUACGAGUAGAGGAAUUAAUAAAGAUAUUUUUAAGGAGA